AUGGGUUCACCUGCCGUCCUGGAUGGCAUAACCCCGGAGAAAGUGGAUAUGAUAAUUGGACAAGCGAUCUUCGGAAAACGGUCAUCGUUCAUCUACUAUUGGUACGGACACGGAUAUUACGCGGCCCGUUGGAUUUGUGGCUUCUACGCUCCUAAAUGCGCCAUGUAUGUUUGCUGCUCAAAAUCUACUGAUCCAACACAAAGACCGUGUUGUUGUAUGGUUGGAAAACGAGGAAAUUCCAGGCCUUCGUGGACCGCUGCCUUCGUCAAAUCCAUGAAAUAUUCUGACCCAAGAGAAUCUCUACUCAUCAGCUAUGGGAGCUUCACAAUGAGGUGGCAAGUUACAGGUCUAUAA